AUGCCUCCCCGAAUACUACGAGCCAGCACGUCCGUGUGCUGCAGAGCCACUGCGAGCGCACCGAUUAGCUCGCUGACAGCCUGCCUCGCUGGCUUGACGCUCCAACAAACACGGCAGGCCUCCAUCCUGAGCAACCUGACCAACAACAAGGGAGCCAUUCACGCCAAGAAGCGCGUCGGCCGCGGUCCCUCUUCUGGGCACGGAAAGACAUCUGGGCGAGGUCACAAGGGUCAGAGGCAGCAUGGAAAAGUCAACCCUUGGUUCCAGGGUGGCCAGACGCCGUUGAUCGUGAAGCUCGGCAGCAUGGGCUUCACGAAUAGCAGGAGGGCGCCGAAGAUGGCCGAAGUGAACCUCGACAAAAUCCAGGAUUGGAUCAAUCAGGGACGGUUGGAUCCGACGAAGCAGAUCACGCCCAAGGAGCUCAUCGAGAGCAAGCUAUUGGGAAGCGUCAAGGACGGCGUCAAGAUUCUCUCGCGCGGCUCCGAGUGCCUCAAGCAGCCAAUCGACGUCAUGGUUUCCCGAGCCUCGGCUGGGGCCAUCGAGGCCAUCGAGGCCGCCGGCGGCAAGGUCGUGACGAGAUACUACACCAAGCUGGCCAUCAAGCGGCUGCUCACGGGCGAGUCGAUCAACACGCAAAAACCGCUACCCGUGGGCAAGGAGCACGUCGAGCCGGCGCUGGCCGAGGCGAGGAAGGCUCCGUUCCGGUACAGGCUACCGGACCCGACGAGUCGAGCGGAUAUCGAGUACUACCGGGACCCGGCACACAGGGGGUACCUGAGCUACCAGCUCGCGCCAGGCCAAUCGCCAAGCUUGUACUUUAAGGUGCCCGGUGAGAAGAAGAUUAAGAGCGCGGUCAAGACGGAGAAGAAGGCGGUUGUCGAAACGCUGUGGUAG